UUCUUUUCUUGUAGCCCCAUUUAUUGCUCUUGUCUUUUGCUUUCCGUUCCUCCUCACUGAAAAAUGCUCUUUGCCUCCCUUUUUUUUCUCUUAUUAUCACCUUUUGUCAAUGUAUUUGCAAGUCUCUCUUUCUAUCUGAACUGCAACUAAACUAGGGUUUUCCUCCUUUGAACACAAACCCAACAAAGGAAUUUUAAUCUCUCCCAAUGGCUGCAGCAACAUCUUUUUCCUUGGGAAUAUCAAAGAAUAGAUCUUGAAAGAGUUUACACAGACAGCAGGAAAAAAAAAGGUAAUAGUAUUCUUUCUGACCACAGAAAUCAACACAAAAAGGUGAAAUAUUUAUAUGGCCUCUUCUUCUAGCUACUCCAAUUCUCCCUGUGCUGCCUGUAAGUUUUUAAGAAGAAAAUGCAUGCCAGAUUGCAUUUUUGCACCAUAUUUUCCACCUGAAGAGCCACAAAAAUUUGCCAAUGUUCACAAAAUAUUUGGUGCAAGCAAUGUUAGUAAGCUUCUCAAUGAAGUCGCUCCUCAUCAGAGAGAGGAUGCUGUAAACUCUCUGGCCUAUGAAGCCGAGGCACGGAUAAAAGAUCCAGUCUAUGGUUGUGUUGGAGCCAUCUCAGUCCUUCAAAGGCAAGUCAUUAGGCUCCAGAAGGAAUUGGAUGCCACAAAUGCAGACUUGAUCCGUUAUGCAUGCAAUGCCAAUGACAUGCCUACAUCAUCCCAGUUUGGAAGAAGGAAUAUGAGCCAUGGAGGAGGCUCUUUUGGUCAAAACUCUGGUAUGUAUUAUCAUUAUUCUCCAUGGAAUAAUGAGCCUGGUGAGGACAGCAAUGAGAGAGGGGGAGAAGGUAACAUGUAAUGUAAGAUGGAUUGUGACAUUCUUAUGUACCUAUGACUAUCUUAGGACAUCUAUUUAAGUUUUCCUAUUGAAAAGGGAACAUGGUAUGCUAGGUUGUGAAACCCCUCUACACAGAAUAUGGGGUACGACUACUGAAUGCUACUAAACUUUUCAUAAUUGAGAAAUUAGCAACUUAUCAUAGUCAAGUUUUUGGUGUAGCAUAUGGGAAGAUUUCUAUGUAAAGCUCUUGGUGUAAUCUAUGCUUGGUUGAUUUUGUACA